AUGGGUAGGGUUAUCAGGGCACAACGUAAAGGUGCGGGAUCAAUCUUCAAAUCCCACACCCACCACCGUAAAGGCCCCGCCAGAUUCCGCAGUCUCGAUUUCGGUGAAAGAAACGGCUACUUAAAGGGAGUAAUCACCGACAUCAUCCACGACCCAGGUCGCGGUGCACCUCUUGCCAAGGUCACUUUCCGUCACCCGUUUAGGUAUAAGAAACAGAACGAGCUUUUUGUUGCUGCUGAAGGAUUAUACACUGGGCAGUUUAUUUAUUGCGGGAAGAAAGCUACGCUUGUUGUUGGUAAUGUUUUGCCGGUUAGGUCUAUUCCUGAAGGAGCUGUGAUUUGUAACGUUGAACACCAUGUUGGUGAUCGUGGUGCUUUUGCUAGGUGUUCUGGGGAUUACGCUAUUGUUAUUAGUCAUAAUCCUGAUAAUGAUACAUCUAGGGUUAAGCUUCCAUCUGGGGCCAAAAAGAUUAUUCCAAGUGGGUGCAGGGCUAUGAUUGGGCAAGUUGCGGGUGGAGGAAGGACAGAGAAGCCACUUCUUAAGGCUGGUAAUGCUUACCAUAAAUUUAGAGUCAAGAGGAAUUGUUGGCCUAAGGUUCGUGGUGUGGCUAUGAAUCCGGUUGAACAUCCUCACGGAGGAGGUAACCACCAGCAUAUUGGACAUGCUAGUACCGUUAGACGGGAUGCUCCUCCUGGGCAAAAGGUUGGUCUCAUUGCUGCUAAGAGGACUGGUCGGCUUAGGGGACAAGCUGCUGCUACUGCAGCUAAGGCUGACUGA